AACACCUGGACCAAGAGAUGCAAUGUUGUCGUGUUCAUCAGCUCUGAUAGAAAUGACAGCUUUCCUACAGUAGGAGUGAAUGCCAGUGAAGGGAGGGAACAUCUCACUGCGAAAACAAUGCAGGUGACCAAAUGUCAUAGACGUAUUUUUUUUACUUUAAAUUAGCUUAAAUAUUUUUAACAAAUGAAAGUUAAGUGGGAAAAUAUUUUUGGAAGGCUGUUAAUACUUCAUGAGUUGUUGUUUCUUUUCUUUCCGUCACCAUUGAAACACCACAACACUGACCUCCAGUAGGCCUAUUAUUUUGGGGACGUUCGUUCAACUACAAUUCCCCGCGUUAUAUCUCUGUUAAAAACGGACGAAAGAGAAAAGAUAAUUUCCAUGAAAAAAUACAUCAUAAAUUAAAAGGCUUAGUUUAUUUUUUUGUUUUUUUAAUUUAAAGUUUUUAAAAGUUAUAUUUAGAUUGUUAUCUUUUAGGGUGUUAAGUAUAAUACUAAAAACAAAAGGAAUUUUUAAAAAAAUUAUUUAAAAAAACAAAAUUCAAACAUUGUCUCUUUUUGAGAUAGUUUAGUGGGACUUAACCCAUACUUUAUAAGGUACAUAUUUUGUAAGGACUUAAGUCAUUUUUUGUAAGGGCUUAAGCCAGUUGUUAUGGAUCAUUUAACUUUCUUUCAAAAUUCCGCAGCACAUUUUUUGUGGCUCUUGAAAUGUUCUUAUCGUCAAUGGCCAUCUUCAUGCCUCUGUUGGUUUUUUAAAGAUUUAUUUUGCACCCGGUUUUGCUUAGCAUCGAUUCUGGAUCCUUUGUUUUGUGCGAGUACUACUGCGGGUCAUUCAAUGGGCGAUCAGGCAACCGAUAAGAAAGCGGCUUAAAAUCAGCGAAGGUUCUAGGAUUUGAUCAUUGGUGUCACGCUAUCAAAGGUGUUAAUUUUACAUUGCUUUUGUAGAUAUACAAUGUUUUUUUAAAAAGCGAAUAUUCUCUAAGCUAAUAAUGUCUAAGCCAGAUUUAAAUCUCCCUCCUCCGAAACGUCAUACUCUCCAACAGGGCUUCAAAUAUCUUUACGACCGCCAUCUUGAUGACGCAGACUGGUUCCUCAAAGCGGACGACGACACCUACGUCAUCAUGGAAAACCUCCGCUACUUCCUGUCAGGAGAAAGCACCGAAAAACCGGUGUUCUUUGGACAACGUUUGAGAUACGUUGUCAAGCGGGGUUACGCCAAUGGAGGGGCGGGCUACGUGAUCAGCAAAGAGGCCCUAAGGAGGUAUGGGCUGAGGGGUUCUCAGAAUGUCUCCCUGUGUAAAAGCGUCAAGGAAGCCGAGGACGUGGACUUUGGAUUGUGUCUACAAAACCUGGGGGUCAUCUUAAAGUCAGGUCUCGACUCACAGAACAGAACCCGUUUUCUAGGUGUGACGCCAGAG